AUGAAUAUUGAGCUCACUUCAAAGAACUACAGAGAAGAACAAGACUAUAAUAAAAAAAGCAAAAAUACUUCUAGGUUAAAUAAAGCAGAAUAAUAAUAAGAGGAGGAAGAAGAAAAAGAAGAUUCUUUGGAUCAAAUUAAUGAAGAUUUAGAAAAAAAAUAUAUCUCACGUAGUGAGCUGAUAAAAAACCUAAAUUUUCCUAGAUCGACAAAUAAGAGAAUUAUUGUUUUGCCAAAUAAUGAAGGAUUAGGUUUUAGAUAUGACUGCUAUGAUGAAUAAACUUUAGGUUAAUAUUUAUCUGAAAAAGAAUUCAGAGAUUCAGUGUAUGAAUUAACAAAAAUAUGUAGUAUACAAUUUGCAAAAAAACUGUAAAGAGAGAAAAACGAUCCUUUUGCGACUGAAAAAAAGAUGUUACUUUUAAAUAUUCCUAUGCUAGCUAUUGCCGUGUUACUAUUUUCAUUAAGAGUUUUUGAUACAGUUACAAAUAAUUACACUUUUGAAAUUGGUGUAGCAUUCUAUGGAGUUGGGAUGCUUUUUAUAUUUUACAAUUUCAUUAAAACACAAAUAAGAAAACCAGAUAUGACUAGCUUUGAAAAAUCAACUUAUAUUGAACUUGAAAAAAAAAUUAUUGAUUUUAAUAAAUAAUAUUCAUAAAGAGGAAUCAGAUGGGUUUUACAUCCUAAAUUCUAUUGGAUUGAGAUAUAAAUCCUUUGA